GUAGUCAGUGAAAUACCGAUCAAGUUUUAUUUUAACAAUUGAACAUACUGGGUCAGGUAGAAUAAUUAUAGAAGAAUUCACUUGGAGACACCAGUUAAUUAAAAGCAGUGUUGUAUAGGAAACUUGACGUACCUUGUUGUUAAUUUUGUACUUUCUUCGAAUUCUUCGCCAAAGUCACUAUUUUGCAUAAACAGUGAUACUGAUAAACAAUUGUUAACAUGUUUGUAGAAAGGGGGUGUUUUGUUACCUCGCUAGUUUAUUAAAUUAGUAACUAGUUUCUUGAUUGUCCGAAUGAGAUCAGACCUGUUGGUGUUUUGUGUCUGGAUUUCUCCCCUAGAACUUGGAAGACAUUUGAUAAGAUUCCUUACAAGUUAGUAAGAUUCUUAUGGAAUUGAAAUAAAAAACUCAAAUGUGGGUUAAAAAUUGGCUUGAACAGAAGAAGAAAACAGAGUUUUGAUAAAUUAAACUGUGCUGAAACAAGCUCUCAGGAUUUUUAUCCAACAUGAGCAUCAGAGGUUUAUGGAUUGUGUCUUUGUCAUCCUCGUCAUUUGGAAAAACACUUUACUCCAGAAAAUUUUUAACUGUUGAGAAACGUGCAAAGCAGAAACUGUCAAGUGCCUAUGUUCCAAUACCAACUAAUGAAGUAUUUGUCCGAUCACUGCUGCAGGGACUUGGACUUCAGGGGAAUACAUCUGAGUUUGUGAAAUGGAGAGAUAGUGCAGAUAAACAAGUCCAACUUCCUGUUAUGGAGUUGAAGACAUCUGAAGGAGAUUUGUGGCCUGUGUUAGUGUUGGACCAUUAUGGAGUCUUAUAUUGCUGUCUUCCACUGGUAGAGAACACAUAUGAAGGAAGAAAACCAAGUCUUAUACAUAUGCCUUCUGUGUCUGUUGGCUUUGCUGUGCUGCUUUCUCUUGCAAAUUUUACUGGACCAGUCUACCCAACUAUGAAAGAGGUGUCGAUGCGGAAAUGUUCUGAAAUUGAGUCUUUUCUUACCCUGAGCAUGCCGUUUGGCCAACCUUGUGACACGGAUUGGCAAACUGUGUGUGAACUACAAACAUUGAAGAAUGAAACCACCAGUAAAAUGGAUCAGAAACAGCCUGCCUGGAAACCACAUAACUAUAAAGGAAAAUCAACUUUAAACGUUUCCAUCAGCGAGUACGUGAGGUCUGUACAGUUUGAUCAGCCAUGGUUUCCAGAUGUGACUGAAGUAUUCGGAAACGUGAUUGUUAAGGCUAUGAUGGAAGGUGUGGAAACAGAUGUUAUCCUGCCAUUGAGCCAUGCCCAGCCUGGUCACCAACUUCAGCUGGAGAGCUUGACUCUACAUCCAUGUGUUCAAGCAUCAGUUCUAGACUUAGACACCAGUUCUUUAGAAAGACCAGGCAUGUCAAAGAAGCUGCGUUUUUCUCCCCCACUUCAUGAAUUCAUACUGUGUCAGUAUAAAGUAAAAUACAGUAAAGUGGCUCCAAUCCUUGGAGUAUACAAAUUGAGAGGAGAGCAGACAGUUGAACUUUUACUUCAGCUGAAGUUGGCUGAGGGAAUAAAGAAUGCUUUUGAUACAUGUGAAGUGCUGUUGCCUUUUUCUCAUAGAGGUGUUAUACAAAGACAAGAAGUCAAAGCUUCUCAAGGAAAUAUUAAAGAAGGAGAAAAUCGAGACUGUCUUAUCUGGAGCUUGGGCAGUAAAUUUCCAUCAAAAACCUUGGAGGCAUCUUUAACAGGAAAAAUUUAUUUUGAGCAUACACCGUGUCCAAAGUCUCAUGAUGAGAGUUUUAUAAAAGGGAACAAUACAUAUGCUCAGGUCAUAUUUAAAUGUAUAGACUACACUGUCAGUGGCUGUGUUAUAGAUCCAAAAAAUAUCCAGGUAAACCCACCAUGUAAACCCAAAAUAUCUUCAGAGAGAUUUGUAAGCAGCACUGACUUCAAAAUCUGGAAUUGCUUUGGAGAUGUACCAUUCUCCAUUCCGAGAUAACCCUACUUCAGACAUCUCUGCCAUUUAAACCUCACAGUUAAGUUGGGAACAACAAGAAAAAAUAUUAUGGAAUAAAUAGACUUUUUACAACAUUGGAAGAAUGAUAUCAUAAUAAAAUUAAAUAUGUAUCUGCCUUUUAAGGAAACAAACCUUAGUGUAAUUUAUACCCAAAUUAAUAUUUAACUAAUUUAAACCUCAUGAUAUAAAUACUUAA